AAAAAACUGUUUGUUAUGGCAAACAAAAUUCCAAAACUCAUCCUCGGUCUUUUAUGUUUGCUACUCUACUUCGGGCCAUCUUCCCAGCAUGAUAAAUUAGAGCAAGGUCAUGAGCUCAAGUUUCGGGAAGAAUUAUUUUCAGCUGAAGGAAAAUUCAAAUUAGGAUUCUUCAACCUUACAAGCAACCAUUACUACAUAGGAAUAUGGCACAACGACGACAACCGGGCACGUGAAGACAGUUUGGUGUGGGUUGCCAAUCGAGACAAGCCGAUCCUUAACGAUCCUGGAAGUCUAACCAUUGAUUGUAAUGGGAAUUUGAAAAUUACACACAAUGGGAAUCUUUCUAUCGUACUAUAUUCCGGACAUGAAGCUACUAAUGCAAGUGCUGUUCUACAAGAUACUGGUAAUUUUGUACUGUGCGAAAAGAAUUCACGGCGACAACUGUGGCAAAGCUUUGAUUGUCCUAGUCACACACUUCUGCCAGGAAUGAAACUUGGAGUUGACCGGAAAGCGAGACAUGAAUGGUUACUAACAUCAUGGAGAGGCAAGGAUGUACCUGACUCAGGCAACUUUACCUUUGGCCUCCACCCUAACCUUCCAGAUCAAUUGGUCAUCUUGUUGCACGGGGAAAUCUAUUGGAACUCAUCAUCAUUGCGCCUAACAAAAUCCAACUCCAGCUUUAACUACAUAUCAAAUGAGAAUGAAACAUUCUUCUGCUACUCUGAGAAAACAAAUUCCCCACAGUUAACGAUAGACUACUUGGGAAUACUUUCUGAUGAUAGCGGCACCCCUCUAGUUGAUUGUACUUCUGCUUCCUCUAAUUUAAGGGAUGGAUGUGUAGCGCAAACUGAGGGUAGCAUCUCGACAAACAGGUGGUGGAUAUGGCUCAUCGUGUUAGCAGGGGGGAUUAUCAUCACGUUGUUGUGCCUAUUAUGCUAUACAAAAUUGAAGAAACACAUAGCGAAAGGGGAGAGUUCUAAGAAGAGGCAAAAGAUGCUCGUACUAGAACUUGGAGGCAGUGCAAUACCUUCCAUUGUACGUGACAAAGUGAAAGAACAAAAUAAUGAUAGGCAAGCUAGCCAUGACCUGCAAAGCUUCAGCUUCGAAAGCAUUUCUGUUGCUACAAGUAAUUUUUCAACUGAAAAUAAAUUAGGAGAGGGUGGUUUUGGACCAGUUUAUAAGGGCAAAUUAUUUGAUGGGCAAGAAAUAGCAAUAAAGAGACUCUCGAGAAGUUCUGGACAAGGAUUGGUAGAGUUCAAGAAUGAAGCUAUUCUUAUUGCUAAACUCCAACAUACUAAUCUUGUCAGACUUUUAGGGUUUUGCAUUCAACAAGAAGAAAAAAUACUAAUCUAUGAGUACAUGCCCAACAAAAGCUUAGACUUCUUCCUCUUUGAUUCUAGUAAAAAGUCUCUAUUAAAUUGGGAAAAGCGCUUCAACAUCAUAGAAGGCAUUGCUCAAGGACUACUUUAUCUUCACAAAUAUUCAAGACUAAGAGUAAUUCAUCGAGACUUAAAAGCAAGCAACAUUUUGCUUGAUCAGGAGAUGAAUCCAAAAAUUUCUGACUUUGGCAUGGCUAGAAUAUUUGGGUUGAAAGGAUUAGAAGAAAAUACAAAUAGAAUUGUUGGAACAUAUGGUUAUAUGUCUCCGGAGUAUGCCAUGAAUGGAGUUGUUUCAGUAAAAACUGACGUAUUCAGCUAUGGAAUCCUACUAUUAGAAAUAAUGAGCGGCAAGAAAAAUAAUAGUCGGUAUCACUUUGAUCAUUCACUAAACCUUAUAGGAUAUGCAUGGCAGUUAUGGAAUGAAGGUAAGGGUUUAGAACUAAUAGACCCAAUAAUUCUAGACGAGUCACGCCCUCCAACUGAAGUAUUGAGAUGCAUUCAUAUUGGUCUUUUAUGUGUACAAGACCAAGCAAAAGAUAGACCUUCCAUGCUAGAAGUUGUUUCUAUGCUUUCAAAUGAAGCUCUUCAACUUUGUCCUCCAAAACAACCAGCAUUUUUUAUCAACUCUGUUCAAGAAGAAUCGUCAGAAGAUUCUGAAAUUAAGCUAGAAAUCUGUUCCAUAAAUAAUGUCACAAUUUCAGAUAUGGAAGCCAGAUAAAUACUAAAACACACUAGUUUUGUGAAUGUAAUAUAAAAUAUACAUGCCUGUUUGAUAAGGCUAUACCUUGUUGUAACUAUACAUGCAUGUAGAUGUGUGUUUAAUGGUUUAUUAGGAAUUUUAAUAAGGGGCAUGUGCCUAAACCUAAUUAGUUUUAUCUUUCUUCUUGCUAUAAGCAACGAGAAGAAUUAUUGA